UGGGGACUGAGGUCGCGUGAGCUUACGUUAUCUAGACCCUUUUGUAUAGGGGUGUUUGGGCAAACUGAUGGGACAGUCAGCGAGUUGUUUUCCUCCUUCUCAUCCGACUUUUUUCGUUGGUGCGAGUUAGUUGGUUUUUUCUUCGAUUUCCGAAUAUUUAUCGCACUUGUUAUUCGUUGUGCGUGUUGUUCUUUUCUCUCAUCCACGCUCCUUCCAACUUUUCCCACCCAGUCGCUCCCUAAGAAAACCUUCUAACGUCCUUCAUUUUUUUUUGCCUUCUUACCUUACAACUUUUUGUUACCCCCUCCUCACAUUCAUUCCUGUGAUCCUAUGGAUGACCAGACAGCUUUCGCUCAGCAAUAUCCUUCUGCUGCUGCUGCUUAUUCCACAUUCGACAUCGACAUGAUGAAACGGUCAAUGGACACAACCGGCGGUCCUGAAGCCAAAAAAGCUCGUUGGUCUCCAACCUCUGCAACAGCCAAUGCUGGUGCUUCCUCUCCUUCUGCGUCAUCUGCUCGCGAUGCCUUUGCCAACUAUGGUUACGGGCCUCAAGCAUCUAUCAAUCAACUCCAAUACAAUACCCCUACUUCCCCUCUCUACUCGACCCCCCAAACUCUUUCAGUAAACGUGGGAGGUGGCCAAGGCUCACCAGGCCAAUUGAGUCCCGGCGGUGCCGCCACCCAGUCCGGUCAAGCGGGUGCAGGUGCCUCGAAUGGAUGGGGAUAUAAUCAGGCAGCACUGAUGGGAAUGGGUAUGCCCUCCGUGAAUGGUAUGAAUGGUAUGAACGGCAUGAACCUUGGGAUGUUGGGUGGAUUUGGGUAUGGAGGAUUCAACCAGCAACGACUUCCCACUCUCCAAAUCCCCAAUUCACCUUCUCAUCCCAACGGCAAUCAGGGUGCUUAUUCCCCUGUAGCCUUUUCACCUGGACUUCAAACUCCACUUACAUCCAACCCAUUGGGUUUAUCCCCUCUGAACCCUCUCAGCGCAACCCUAAAUCCCCAGAACCGUACCAUUUACAUCGGUUCAUUACCCUCCACAGCGUCCGUCGACGAGCUCCUCAACUUGGUCCACUUUGGUCCCAUUGAGUCGAUACGCGUCCUUCCAGAAAAAUCUUGCGUAUUCUUAAGCUUCUUGGACGCUCAAACUGCAGCAGCUUUCCAUGCUGAUUCUACCUUGCGAAAGCUCUCCCUUCACGGUCAAGAGUUGAAAGUGGGUUGGGGAAAACCCAGUGCGGUCCCUCAACAGGUCGUUGUGGCCGUUCAACAACAGGGUGCUAGCAGGAAUGUUUAUCUUGGUGGAUUGAACACCAACCCUAAUGUAGAGAAUGGUGGCGCCAAUGGAAGCUCCGAGUGGACUGAAGAAGGACUGAGAGAUGAGCUUGGCAGGUUUGGGUUGAUUGAUCAGGUGAAGAUCGUUCGGGACAAGGGUAUUGGUUUCGUCCACUUUUUGAGUAUUGGGACCGCUAUCAAGGUCGUCAACACUCUUCCUUCUGAGCCUACAUGGGCCGGGAAACGCGUAUCGUUCGGUAAAGAUCGAUGUGCAUAUAUCCCCAAAUCUCAGCAAGCGGCUGCUCAACAAGCUCAAGCUGCAGCUGCCCAGUCGCUCGUUGCUCAAUCCAAUACCCCCUAUAGUCCCUUUUCACCUGUUGACACGGCCAUGCUUGGAAUGGUUGGCGGGAUGUCUGGCGUCCCUGGUAUUCAGGGGAUGAACAGGACGGUUUAUUUGGGUAACAUUCACCCUGAGACGACUACGGAGGAGUUGUGUAAUGCCAUUAGAGGUGGUGUCCUUCAGAGUAUCAGAUACAUGGUUGAUAAACAUAUUUGUUUCGUUACAUUCAUUGACCCUGCUGCGGCGUUUACGUUUUAUCAAGUGUCGUCUUUCCAAGGACUUACACUGAAUAACCGCAGGCUGAAGAUUGGAUGGGGAAAGAAUUCUGGACCGUUGCCACCAGCUCUUGCCCUUGCAGUGCACGGUGGUGCAACUCGGAAUGUUUAUAUCGGUAACAUUGAAGAUUUUGAAGCCUACAACGAGGAGCGUCUCAAGCGUGACUUUGUCGAUUGGGGAGAGAUUGAACUCGUCAAUUUCUUGAGAGAGAAAAACUGCGCGUUUGUCAACUUUACGAACAUUUCCAACGCCAUCAAGGCUAUUGAGGCUGUCAAGUCUAAGCCUGAAUACGCAAACUUGCGUAUUUCCUACGGCAAGGACCGAUGCGCCAACCCGCCCAGGAGCGGACCUCAAGGUGGCGGCGGCGGCGGCGGUGGACGUCGCCAGAACAAUUCAAACCACGCAGCGGUUGAAGAGGGAGUUGAAAUCGAUGGUGGUGUACAGGACGGAGUAGAGGGAGACAUGCACGUUGAUGGUUCUGGGGAAAUCCCAGUGCCUACGGGUGCUGUCGCUGGAGCUGCGGCGUAAAGACAUUAAAUUGUUCUGGUUUCGCCCCCCUCCCUAGCUCCAUGGUCUCCACUGUUUGUCAGUUUAUCGGUGUUCUGUUGAAAUUUCUUAUAUCCCCUUAUGCGUGCUUUUUUCCCUUUUUCUUUCGUUCUUUUGGAUACCCGAACCCGAAACUAUUACGAGAAUCUCUCUCGUUAUGCAUUAUCGUUUUUUUUUUCUGCUCGUCUGCUCUCUUUUUCCUCUUUUUUUAUUUGUCUCCAAGAACGCCCACGUUCGUUUAUAUCCCCCCUCCCUCACCCCCCUUCCGGAAUACGAACACGAAAUGAGAAAAAACCAAACCUACCAACUCGAAACCCCAAAAAGUCCUUUCUCCCCCUCAGUUCCCGAUUGGGGGAGAAAAAGAUGGCUUGCAACAAGGAAAAAUCGGAUUCUAUCCUCCCCCCACUAGUUCGCCUUCACUGUUAUCCCAACUGCCCGAUUUUACGCUUUGCGAUAACUGUAUCGAAAUCCGAAUGGAUCCCCUACCCCUACCCCCAUACUUUUCUUUCCCACUCGUGUUUUACUAAACCGCCAGUCACCAGUCUAUUUCGAUAUUCGAUAUUCGUCUCUCUCUCUAUCCCUCUCUCUGCUCUGUUUUUUUUUUCUUUACUGGGGCCCCCAUGUUUUAUUAACAUAAUCUCCAAAUCUCAAACGCCUUCUGUCCGUCUCCGUCUCGAAACUAGUUAUUAUAUUCGGCAACCCUUGAGGCAACCCGCAACCCGAAACCAAACCAAUGGUGUAAAUAAACGAACAAGGAAACUUUUUUUCGUGUUUCUUUUUUUCUUUUUUUCUUCUUUGCUUCUUUCUGUUCGAUUGAUUGAUUGAUUGAUUUGAAUCUUCUUAGUUUGUUUCCCCCCU